AUGGCUUCUUUUGUGCUCCGAUCCGCCGGCCGCUUGCUCCGGCGACCUGUCUCCGAUUUUGUUGGGAAGAUCCGACCCAACAAGCAUUCUUGCUCAAAAUUCAGUACGGUACACGGAAAACAUAUCAAGGAAGAACCCAUCAGGACCGGCCCGAGCAUUAUGAUGAAAUUGGAUGAGCGCGACUGUAUCCUGUGUGAAGCUCACAAAGACAUUAAAGUAUUGCUAAAACAAGCAAGGGAUAAUGAAGCAUGGGACAAGCUACUGAAAAAAUUGUUAUUACCUUCAUCCAUUCUUGCCGCCCUUGCCUUUUGGAAGACAGGACAGGAAAUGCCUGUGGAAAAUAUACCUCCAAAUUAA